ACAGUUGUUGCGCCUGCGCAGCUUCUGGCAACACGUGAAGCAGGCAGCAUGGCUGGGGAAAGUGAAGUGGUGUUAGACCGGGCCCAGGUAAAACUAACUUUUUGUCAAACUUUUCAUGAAUAAACUGUCUGUUGUUGCUCAUUGACUAACUUAACACUUGGAAUAGUCUUGCAGCGGCGGUAGCUUUAAGCUAACUUGUGUUAACAGCUAGUGUGUUUAAUUUAGCAUUGAAGCUAACUCUUGCUGGUUAAGAUAAAUGACAGUAUAAUUAGACAUUUGAACUGUGGUGAAGUCUCGUAUCCGGUCUCGAUUCGUCUAUCAGGUGAAAAAGGCGGUUCAAGCUCUCCAGGCUUACCUGAAAACCAAAUCCUCUCCUGAUUCUCUGUUGCUGGAAGACACUGAGCAGAUCACUCUGCUCUUCACCCUCUGGAAGAUCCCCAAAAGGGCCCAGACUAUCCGCAUGUGAGUCCCCCAGACUAGAUCAUAAAGCAUACUGAUCUGUUUUAUUUUUGUGUACGUUUUUUUCCCGUUAUUGUUGAAUUGACUGUACAGACUGUGACUCUAAUUUUCAUCUUCAGUCCUUUGCCCCAUGGCCAGCGGACAGAGACGGAGGAGGUCUGCUUAUUCACGAGAGAUGAGCCCAACAUGACCUCAGAACAGACACAGAGAUUUUAUAAGAAACUGAUGGAAGUGAAGGGAGUCAAAAACGUCACUGAGGUAAACUACCUGCCAUGGUCUUUACUUUUGUAGCCUAGUGCACAGGUGUCAAACUCAAGGCCCGGGGGCCAAAUCUGGCCCGUGGCACAAUUAUAUCUGGCCCACAAGAUCAUGUCAUAUUUGUAUUAUUAUUGGCCCACCAGUGUGAAGUCUGCAGAUUUCAUCCAGUAUAAUCAUGUAAAUUUUAGCACCAUUAUUUAAAAUGUCUUUAAUAAACCAUGAAAAUCUGGGAAAUUAAAGAGUAAGGAAGAUUUGAUAAAUAGGCAAGAAUGUGGAGGGAAAAAUAUUUGGUGUUUUAUUUCAUGUUUUCAAUGUUGCAUUUCAAGAUUACAGAUUAAGAUUAAAGAUUGCUCUUUAAAAGCAUCAUUUUUCUAUUUUUAAUAUCAUGCUCUGAUCUUUUGAACUAAUAAAUCAAAUUAGAAUAAAAAAUAAAGCUUUUCUAUCACAGAUUGCAUUUAAACUUAUCUUUUUUUAUAUUUUUGAAAAGGAAGUUUAAAGUUUUGGUGAAAUGUUGACCCUGUUUGGCCCUCAGGUUAGAUUUAAAUCCAGAUUAUGGCCCUUGCUGUGGUUGAGUUUGACACCUGUGGCCUAGUGUGUAAAUGUUUGCAGUGAUCUGUAAUGUACAUUUGUGAUCCCAGAGUAGGUUGGCCAGCUGCACAGGCUUGUGAUCAAUCACUAUUGAUUAAGAUUAAGUAUUUUCUAAUGACUCUUUGUUUGUACCUGCUGCAGAUAAUCCCAUACAAAGUCUUGAAGACAGAGUACAAACCGUAUGAGGCCAAACGGCGCCUGUUGGGGAACUUUGACCUGUUCCUGUCAGAUGACCGCAUCCGUCGUUUGCUGCCAUCCCACAUCGGGAAGCAUUUCUACCUAACGAAAAAGUAAGAUGUUAUUUUGGUGGCGUUUUCUACCAGGAGACAUUGGUACAGCUCAGUUGUGUAUUGAUCUUUAACUCUGUAGGCAGAAGUUCUUGAUUCGCUUUGCCACCAUAUGAAUGAUGAUUAAAUUGGAGUUGACAAAAACAAAUUAUCACAAUUUUUAAAAGUUACAGUAAACCAAUGAUGACAAAUUUGAGCCUUGUCAUCUAUUGGCCUAGAGAUAAAGAAUGUAUACCAUUGAUUGAUUGAAGUUUAUUUCAAAUAUGCAAACCAAAAAUAUAUAUAUAAAAAAACAAGAAAAAUAAGGCAAAGCAUUUAAACAUAAAAACACAGAAAUACAUAUUCGAAAAGGAGUGAGAAGAAUAACUUGUGAACUUCCACCCCUUCCCUUUUUAAAUAGAUAGUACCUACACCAAGCUUCCUUGCAACUUAAAUAGAUAGUCUAGAUAAAUAAAGUGCGUUCAUGACUUUGUAUUACAAAACAAAAUCUAUAUCCACUUAAUACGGAACACACAGAAAAAACGACAAAAGAAAAUAAAACAAGGAAAAAAAAAAAAGAAACAACAACCUCAUAACCAUCAUAAGGGCACAACAGCACAUCAGACAUCCCAGAUUAAGGCACUUUAAUAUCUGUAGUUCUCAGUCCUCGUUGUUCUUUGUAUCUGGUUGAUCAGAACUUGCCGUGUAUAGAUGUUACCCCAUCUCUCUCCUCAUCAGGGAGCCCCUGUGUGUGAACCUGGAGAGCAAACAUCUGGCCAGAGACAUUGAGAGAGUGAUUCAGGGCACCAGAUUAAAGGUUUCCAACAGGGGCUGCUGCUGGUGAGAUUUCCUCUCCUGCUCAUUUUGUCUCUUAUGGUAAAACCUGUCACUGUAAACCAACACUUUCUCAGUUUUGGGCCAACAGUGUUGCUUCAAAAAGAAAUGUGUUAUUGAAUGUUUUGUGUUUUCUUGAUUGCAUAGCACCUCAAAGCAAACCCUGUCGAUUCUGUUUAGUGUUUGAUACGGGCAAAAGCUGGUGCUAUAGAGAUUCAAUGUAAAUCCAGAUGGACCUCCUCUCCCUGUGGAGCCUGUCUCUACAACCUUGAAACACAAUAUGAAAUGUCAAGCUCAAGUGAAAUACAAAUCUUCCUGCAUGUCGAUGUCUUUUUAAGGGAUUUUUAUUUGCAGAUUAAUACGGUGAUGCUUCCUUUUUUUAAUAAAUUGUCUUCUUUUGUAGCACGGCACGUGUUGCCCACUCUGGCAUGACCGCUGAUGAGGUGACGGAGAACAUUGAGGCGACAGUCCAAACAGUAGUUGCCAAACUACGUCUGGUUAGUACAGGUGUACUUGUGCUUGUUUUGCCCUCAUUGUCCCGUAUAUUGAAUGUCCAGUUUUCCAGUUUAAACAGCUUUUUUAACCCUUUGAUACCCCAGACCCUUAAUAUGAAAUGUGUUUGUGUAUUUAUUAUAACUCUACAUGAUAUUUUCAUUUUGAACAACAGAAAGGACCACUCAUAAAGGUCAUCCAUUUAAAGAGUCAAAGAUCAGUGGCCCUGCCCAUCUACACAUCAUCCCUGAGCAACAUUGCCAUACUGGAGAAGAAACUGAAGAAGAAGGAAACGGAGCCUGCCAAGACUCCCAAGAAAAAGGUAAGGACAAGUGCACAUCUUGUGUCUUAAGUCAGACUCGCAGGAAUAGUCCAUAAAAUAAUAAAAAUGUGUUUUUGUUUCCCAGGAAGCCAAAAAGGAAGAAGAGACAAACACAGCAGAUGUUGUAAAGGAAACAGAUGCUGCUGUGGAGGGAGAGAAACAAGUGGAAGAGGAGGAAGAGGAAGAAAUCCCACAGCUGGUUCCCAUAGUAACACCUAGUAAAAAGGCUAAAGUCGAGGUCAGUCAUACUCUCACUUCCUAGGGGUGAAAACAGUUUUUAAAAUACAGAAAUAUUUGAAUUUAUCAUUGAAAAAUAUCAUCUGUAACCUUGUAUCUCUCUCGCUUUUGUAGAAGCCAGUCAAAAAGAAGCAGCUGGAGAAAGCACCCAGAGCUGCUGCAGCAAAGAAAGGAAAAAAAUCCCCAAACAAAGUGACUAUGAAAGCUGGAAAGACUGAAGCGAAAGUCAAGAGAAAAGUUCCGAAAGUGAAGUGAGUCUUGGUGCGCAUGGCUCUCUCAACAUGGACAAGUUAAACUUAACACAGCACCAGACCCUUCACAGAGUGCUCUGUACUGUGUAUUCAGUCUGUUUUUGUCUCUUAAGAAUGAAUCAAAUGAAUUAUAAACUUUGUAUCAUACUAUUUGUUGCUUUGUUUUUCUGUCUCUUUCAGUAAACUUCUUAAUCAUUUCAUA